CUAUGGGCUUUGGGUUUUCCUCUGAGACCGACGGUUGAUCAAGAUGGCGGCAUUCGGCGGAGAACGGUGGCUGAAUGACUUACCAAACCACGCAAUUUUCAAAAACAUACGAGACAAGUUGGAUUAUGAAAGGAACAGGGGUAAAAAGGAGGUCGCUAAAAACCUCACUUUUUGUUUAGGAGGAGACCUUUUCGUGUGGGACGACACAGACCGCGUGUUUUACACCACCAACCUGCGGCAGCUAAACUCGGACGAGGGUCCCCGCAGCGGCAGCUUCCAGGCGCUGCUGUGCAUCAACCCUCCUCUGUUCGAGGUGUGCCAGGUGCUGCUCAGUCCGACGCAGCACCACGUCGCCCUCCUCGGGCAGCGGGGCAUCUCCGUGCUGGAGCUGCCUCAACGCUGGGGCAAGAGGUCCGAGUUCGAGGGCGGACGGAGCGAGAUCAACUGCAGGACCAUCCCGGUGGCGGAGCGCUUCUUCACCAGCUCGCCGUCCGUGAGCCUGCGCCACGCGUCCUGGUUCCCCAGCGAGACCGACGAGCCCCACCUGGUGCUGCUCACGUCGGACAACACCAUCCGGUUUUACGGCCUCAAGUCGCCGCAGAGCCCGGCGAAACUCCUGCCGCUGUCGCAGCUGGAGGAUGACAGCGGCGUCCGGGCCCCGGCCCGCUCCUAUGCGGCAUCUCUGGGCGAGAUAGCGGUGGCGUUUGACUUCGGGCCCGCCGCGGCGCCCCCUCGGCAGCUGAGAGCGCAGUGCUCCAGAGAACAGCAGGUGUAUCCUCUGUACAUCCUCUAUGAGACUGGGGAGACCUACGUGAGCUACACGUCCCAGGCGAACGGCGUGAGUCUCAGUAAACCUGCCGGACCCCUCCCCAUGUAUCCUGCAGCGGAGGAUAACUAUGGCUAUGAUGCUUGUGCCAUCCUCUGCCUGCCCUGUGUGCCCAGCAUCCUUGUCAUCGCCACGGAAACGGGGACGCUGUAUCACUGUGUGGUGCUGGAGUCUGAAGAAGAGGAAGAGACCAGAGCGGUGGAAAAGUGGAUCCGAGGCACGGAGUCGGUGCCUGCGCUCUACGUAUUUGAGUGUGUCGAGCUGGAGCUCACGCUCAAAGUAGCCACAGGGGACGACGAGGAGCCUCAAGAGUUGGAUUUCACCUGCCCAAUCCGACUGCACAGAGAUCCGCUGUGUCAGCACAGAUAUCACUGCACUCACGAAGCUGGCGUGCACAGCGUGGGGCUGAUCUGGGUCAACAAGCUGCAAAAGUUCCUCCAGUCCGAUGAGGAAGAUAAGGACAGUCUCCAGGAGCUCGCUGCUGAGAAGCGCUGCAUCGUAGAGCACAUUCUUUGCACCAGGCCGCUCCUAACCAGCCGCUCAGCUCCGGUUCGUGGCUUUUUGAUUGUGUCUGACCUCUCUCUGGGUGCCACCAUGAUCUGCAUCACAAACUCCUAUGAGUGCAUCCUGUUGCCCCUGCUGAGCUCCAUUCGUCCUCCCUCUCCUCCCCUGCUCUGUUCGCAUCCAGGCCCAGGUUCUGCUAGCUCCCCUCUGCGCGGGCUGGCCAGCGACUCCUUCGAGCAGCACAUCCGCAACAUCCUGGCACGUAGCUCAACCAAUCCGCUUGUGCUUAAGGCAGGGGACAAGGACACAUCACCACCACCCUCCGAGUGUCUUCAGCUUCUCAGCCGGGCAACACAGGUCUUCCGCGAGGAGUACAUUCUCAAGCAGGACUUGGCGCGUGAGGAGAUGGAGAGAAGGGUGAAGCUCCUGACGGGUCAGAAGAACAAGCAGCUGGAGGAGAUGGCUGUGUGCAGGGAGGAGAGGAAGAGUCUGAGAGAGGCAGCAGAGAGGCUCGCUGAUAAGUACGAAGAUGCCAAGUACCGCCAGGAAACUAUCAUGAACAAGGUUAAAAGUGUGCUGGGCAGUCAGCAAAGCCAGCUGCCCAUACUGUCUAACAGCGAGAGAGACAUGAAGAAGGAGCUGCAGGCCAUCAGCGAGCAGCUCAAACACCUGGAGAACUGCAUCAAGCAGGUGAAAAUGAAGAUGGAGUACCAGAAGACACAGGUGGACACCGAGCUUCCUGGAGCCAGGACCACCGUGUCGCUCAACGCUCACCAGAAGAAGGUUGUGCAGGAUGUCCUGAGGGAACAGGGACAGCAAAUUGGUGACAUGAUGAAGCAGAUCAAGGACAUCAAAAACUACUUCAGUUUCUAGAGACUGCAGAAAUAAAUAAAGCCGUACUAAAACAUUUCAAAUGCUUUUUUUGAAUGCAGCUCGUUUGUAACUUGAUGGGAUGCUGAGAGCCUUAGUUAAAGUGAUUGUGCCAUGUAACAUUUGA